AUGAACUACUCCAAGAUCGGAGACUACAACGUACACCUAAUGUACGCCCAGCUUAAUAAGGAUCUCCCCAUUCCCGGAGCACUCCUCCCCAUACUAAAGGCUCUUUGCGCAUCAUCACCAGAUGGUCCACAUUACCGAAUGGUAUCACCCUUCGUUCCGUCUCACUCCGGUGACAUCAUCAACCCUUAUGACUCUAUGCUUGCGAUGCCCAACAUUCCUGCUAUCAUAGGUUUUGCUAAUUCGAUAAUUACAUCAGCACCAGAUGCCAUCCCAGAUUACACAAUCCAUGAUACUUUUAAUGACCAAGCACCACACACGUUAAAUGGACAUGUAUUCCCUGUAGGAGCCUGGACAGCGUCAGAUCGCUCUCUCUUUCUUCAGCCCGGAUUACACCAGACACCAGAGACCAACCCAGAGUUGGAUGAACAACUUAAACAAUACGGUUAUAAGCUCAUGCUUCCUAUAAUACCAGCGAACUCUCCCCCCGUCACACUAAGAGACUUUGCUUGUUUAAGCAACUUACAGUGGAUAUUACAAAUGUAG